AGUGUUACAAAGAAGUUGAAAAAAGAAGAAGCUGCUUCAAACUACAGGCUGGGAACAUUCUACCGAUGACUUUCCAGUGUGCAAUUUGCCACAAUUAUCGGCUACUGACAUGUGAACACCUUAGCCAACUUGGCUUGGAAUCAAACUUAUAAUACUAAAGUUUUGAUUUGAAAUCCCCCUUUUCUGUGAUUAAUUAAACGUCUAAAACCAAAACGAACAAUUGACUGCAGCAUAUUUGAAGUGUCUUAAUUGAUUAGUUAUUCAAAGUAAACACAUAAUCCUUUCUUAUAUAGCAUAAGAAAGGACCUCAUUCAUCUUCUUCCUACUGAGACACCAAAGCUUUAGAUACAAUGGGAAGAGUUGAUUCCUCUAAUGAAACUGAAAAUGCUCAGCCAGUCGGCGGUGUGCCAAAUCCCUCAUACCAAGGAGCAUAUGCACCAACACUAACAGGAACUCCAUGGAGCACUGGCUUAUUUGAUUGUCAUUUGGACCAAACUAAUGCUGCCAUGACAGCGUUGUUCCCUUGUUUGACGUUUGGACAGAUAGCUGAAGUUCAAGAUGCAGGAGAAAUGACUUGUCCAUUGGGGUCUUUUAUGUAUCUCUUGAUGAUGCCUGCUGUUUGCUCUCAAUGGAUCAUGGGCUCCAAGUACAGAACAAAGUUGAGGCAGAGGUACAAUCUGGUGGAAGCUCCCUAUUCAGAUGUAGUUUCUCACAUCUUUUGUCCAUUUUGUUCACUUUGUCAAGAGUUCAGAGAGCUUCGUAUUAGGGGACUGGAUCCAGCUCUUGGUUGGAAUGGCAUUGUUGCUCAGCAGCAAUAUGGAAACCAGCAAAUGAAUCAAGCUCCCUCAGUACAAUCCAUGUACAAGUAAAUUGAAGAGUAUCUGAUUUUUGUUAUUGUUUAAAUUAAGGUUGUAAUUUUUAAUUUUUUACCAAAUUCUAUUCAUGUUUGAAGUUUAUAUCCUUUAAUUCAAGCACCUGUUUGUAUUAUUGUUCCAUUUCCGUUACAAUGAAAUUUUCUUUUUAUUGAAAGAAA